AUGCGAGUCGCCGACCUCCUGGAGCAACGCGCGGCAGAGUUCCAAGAUGUGAUGUCGAAUGAGAUGGGAGCAGUAGAGCCAUUUCUUACGCUCAAUACAAAUCUUGCCACAGAGAUGAUACGAGAUGUGGCAGGUCGUAUUACCGGGGCACUGAGUGGGCACGCUCCUAUCUGCGAGGGAGAAAAUUAUGCAAUAGUGCAGCGCGAGCCAUAUGGAGUGGUCCUAGGAAUUGCACCAUGGAACUCUCCGUUUAUCCUCGGCUUUCGAGCGGUGAUAUAUGCUCUAGGAGCUGGAAAUACUUGCAUCCUCAAAGGAAGCGAGGUCUCGCCACGCUGCUUCUGGCUCAUUGGAUCCAUUUUCCGAGACGCCGGUCUUCCCGAUGGAUGCUUGAACGUCAUUUAUCAUCGCCCAGAAGACGCGGCAGAAAUCACGGCAUCCCUAAUCGAGCAUCCAGCUGUACGAAAAGUGAAUUUCACAGGCAGUACAGCCGUAGGUCGGAUAAUUUCUGCAACGGCGGGKAAAAAWCUCAAGCCCGUGUUGAUGGAGUUGGGUGGCAAGGCUAGUGCUAUUAUCUGCGAAGAUGCUGAUUUGCACUUGGCGGCAAAACAGUGCGCGGUUGGCGCAUUUCUGAAUUCGGGGCAAAUCUGCAUGUCCACGGAGCGCAUAAUCGUUCAUCAAGCGGUAUUUUCCCAAUUUAGUGAACUGCUGAAAGCUACAAUAAGUGAAGUCCACGGCUCAGAAGGCACGCCUCACACAGUCGCCCAGGCGGGCACAGUUGCCAGAAAUCGACAGCUAGUUAAAGACGCCGUCUCCAAAGGUGCAACUGUCAUUUACGGGGGUCACGAUGAAAAUAGCGACAAUAUUAGAUUAACUGCCACAGUUGUUCAAGGAGUAGCUCCUGGCAUGGACCUAUUUCAGACAGAGAGCUUCGGUCCUACAGUCAGCUUGAUCGCAUGCGAGAGUGACGAGCAGGCAAUUGCCAUUGCGAACGAUACCGAGUACGGACUGACUGCAGCAGUCUUCACACGCAAUAUUGGAAAAGCACUCUCAUUAGCACGACAGAUUAGAGCUGGUGCGGUACAUAUCAAUAGCAUGACGGUGCAUGAUGAGGCUGUACUUCCUCAUGGGGGAGUCAAGGACAGUGGGUGGGGCCGGUUUAAUGCCGAUGCAGGAUUGGCUGAGUUCUUGACUACUAAGACUGUCACAAUCAAUGCGGGACAAUCGCAUUGA